UAGAAUCAACAUGCAGAAGGUGUUUAUUGUGGGGUCGUUGGCGCUCCUUGUGGCCAUCUCCAGCGCCAGCGCCGGCUCCAUUGCCCAGCAGCUGCAUCGGGUGCCGGUCUACAGGCAAAAGAACUUUGUGAAGACACGCGCCAACAUUAUGACCGAAUUUGCACAUGUGCGUGCCAAAUAUCAGGCGCCGAUAAUCAUGGAUGCAGCACCAACCACGAGCACGAGCACGAGCACGACGAGCCUUCCAUCGAUAGGGCUGUCGAAUACACUGAAUAUGGAAUACUAUGGCGUCAUAACCAUUGGCACACCGCCUCAAAGCUUCAAUGUACUGUUCGACACGGGCUCCUCGAACUUGUGGGUGCCAUCGAACCAGUGCCCCAGCGAGGCCUGCAUGGAUCACAGCCGAUACAAUCCGGCCGCCUCCACCAGCUAUAAGUACAAUGGGAAACCGAUAACGCUUGUGUACGGAACCGGUAACAUGACGGGCUACCUAGCCGUGGAUGUGGUCAAUGUGAAUGGCCUGAAUAUACCGGAUCAGACGUUCAGUCUGGCCACAACGGAACCGGGUACUGACUUAGUGGAUGUAAGUUUUGAUGGCAUACUGGGCAUGGCCUAUCAGAGUCUGGCCGUAGAGAAUGUUGUGCCGCCAUUCUACAAUAUGAUCGCAUUGGGUCUGGUUGCGAAUCCUGUCUUCUCAUUCUAUUUGGUACGCGAUGGCACCUCCGAUUUUGGCGGCGAAUUGAUCUUUGGCGGCUCCGAUCAUGGCCUGUUUGCGGGCAACAUGGUCUAUGCGGAUGUCAGCGCCCAGGAUUAUUGGCAAUUUCAAGUGGAUAACAUAACGAUGAACGGCCAAGUGUUGUGCAGCCAAUGUCAGGCUAUUGCCGAUACGGGCACCUCCGUCAUUUUGGCACCGAUGGCAACCUUUAAAUUGAUCGAGUCUCAACUGGAUAUCAAUUCCGAUGGAUUAUUCGAUUGCAGUCGCACAUACCCAACGCUUAUGCUUGCCAUUGGCGGUGUCAUCUUUGGCAUACCAUCCUCGGCUUAUAUUGUUUCCGAAUCGGACAGUGUCUGCACAUUGGGCAUUGGUGGCGCAACCACCGAUUUCUGGAUCUUGGGCGAUGUCUUUAUUGGUCAGUAUUAUACGGAAUUUGAUUUGGGCCAGAAUCGCAUCGGAUUCGCAUCCGUCGGGGGCUUAAACUAUACCGCCGGUGGCGGUGCAUCCAGCCUGAAACAGUUGCGCUUCCUGGAAUUUGGAGUCUUGUUAGCUCUGCUUUGGAAAGCCUUGGAAUAUUUUAAUUGAGAGAUGAUAUUUCUACAAAAUUCUUUACACACGUUUUUUUUUUGUUUUUCUUAAA